AGGGGAGUUGGCGCCAUCUAGCUCCCACUUCACUAGUUCCUCACCAGGAUAGUUAUAACCUCUGAUUCACCAUCUAUGUAACGUAAUUUAACUGAUCCUACCUAAUGCUACCUAAACAUGAAUUUAAACAUGAUAUAAACAAACUUAUCACUAUUCGGGUGAAGCCAACGUAAAACCAGAGAGAGAGGGUGUGUGUGGUGUAUCCAACCUGCCGAGUAACUAGUAGUUGCUGGUGUAGUGUUCAUGUGAGUGCCACGGGCGAGUGCUAACCUGCAUUACCAUGGCAGAAAUGGACGAGCAUGAACGGAAAAUUGUCAACGAGUUUUGUCAUUUAUUAGAGAAGUCAAAACAGCUCUUCAAUGGCCUUCGAUCAUUCUUUUCCAGGGACCUGCCUCAGUACGGCCACAAGCAAUGGCAGGCAUAUUUUGGCCGCACGUUUGACAUAUACACCAAGCUCUGGAAGUUUCAGCAGCAGCACAGACAGAUUCUUGACUCAAAGUUUGGACUAAAGCGUUGGCAGAUUGGAGAGAUCGCCUCCAAGAUUGGUCAGCUUUACUACCAUUAUUACUUGAGAACCAGUGAAACAAACUACUUGAAUGAAGCAUUUUCUUUCUAUGCCGCCAUCAGAGGUCGAGCAUAUUACAGCAGGACUGCCAAAGAUGAUCGCUCUGUACAAAUGUCAGAUUUAAUGGUGAAGAAGCUGCGAUACUACGCUCGGUUUAUUGUCGUGUGUUUACUACUGAAGAGAAUGAAGCUAGUCCGUGAUCUAGUCAGAGAAUUAAGUAAACAAAUAGAUGAAUACACUACCACAUAUGAGCCGGAGGACCAACUUGAGUGGUCGCUUGUUUUAGCUGAGAUCAAGUCCUUCAUUGAUGCUGACAACACCAUCAAUGUCUUAGAUAUGGAUUCAAACACCAUAGUGCUUUCCCACAGACUGAGUGGUCACAACACCCCACCACUCGAGAAGACUCCCAUGAUGAACCUCACACUGCAAGAAAUACUAAUAGUAGGAAACUGUAACGACCAGGUGAAAUUUAGCGAACUGACAAUAGACAUGUUCAGAAUGCUGCAGACGCUGGAACGCGAACCUCAGGAAGACGUGGCCCAGAUCUAUGACGCUUCACCGGCCCCAAACAAAAUACCCUUUGAGAAUGGAGAUGCCAGUGGUCGGACGCUGAAGCGAGAGAAUCCACACAAAUACCUGCUAUAUAAGCCCACAUUUUCUCAGCUGAUGGUUUUCCUAGCAUCGGGUUUCAAGGAGCUGCCAGCUAAUGGGGCUAUGUUGCUCUACAUCUCUGCAGACGGAGCCUUCACCAGCUCCAAACAUCCUCAGGACCCUGGCUAUGAUUAUGGAGGCGUGGUAACAAACAGCAAAAGAGACGGUGAGCACACAAACAAGCGUGUGAUGCAGCUCAAGGAUAUGCACUGCUUCUAUCCUGGGGAUCUCUAUGCUUUCACUCGCAAACCUCUCUUCAUCGUCGUCGACUCUGAUAACUCACCAGUGUUUGCAAACAUGCCUCAUUAUUUUGGCCAGCCUCUAGUUGUACUCAUGUCAGCACAGGACACUCCACCACAGUUUCAUGACCAACACCACCGAGGGAAUCUAUUCACCCUGUUCUUACACUCUCCACUGAUGGGCAUGUGUUUAGUGAGCUCAUUAUGUGAUGUGCCAAUGAAUUUGUGGGAGAAGUGUCAGACUCUGGUCGACAGAUUCAUCACUGAAGCCUCUAGAUUAGUCACUCGAGGAAGAAAUGUUGAUCCAUCUUUCCUUCAAUUUUUUGGUGACGACUUUCUAAGACUGUUGACGCUGAGAUUUAUUUUCUGCUCGACAGUUUUAAGGGCACACAGAGCUUUUAAGGUUCUGGACCAGCCACUGCACGAAAAGCAAGGCCGGCAGUUCUAUCCCCGAUGUCAUCCCAACUUACCGGAAGGUGAAGUUCUGGAUCAUCCUAGCCUCUAUGCCAUAAUUCUAGACUUGGCCACUACGCUCGAUGUGUCACAUCUUUUCUAUGACACGCAUGACCUCCAAUGACCUUCUGCCACGU